GUGGCACAUGCGCUAUCCGUGGCUUCGCUUCCCCGGGCGAAGCAUGAAGGGAGCCGGCUUGGAGUUGCGGGUGAAGUCUCUUCCUUGGGGUUUCUUUGGGCUUGUGGUUGUUACCGGUUAACUGGAACAAGAACGACUGACAACUUAUCUGCCUCAAGUCCUUAAAUUCUUUUCAAUAUGGCUGGAAGCAUUACUGAUACAGGGGAGCUCUACUCUCCCUAUGUUGGCUUGAUUUAUAUGUUCAACCUCAUAGUUGGCACAGGAGCUCUAACAAUGCCAAAGGCCUUUGCUACUGCUGGUUGGCUUGUCAGCCUUAUUCUAGUAAUGUUCUUGGGAUUUAUGAGCUACAUGACCACAACUUUUGUAAUGGAGGCCAUGGCUGCAGCAAAUGCUCAGCUUCACUUAAAGAGAAUGGAAAAGCACAAGGAAGAUAAUAAUGAUGAAGAAAAUUCUUCAUCUGAAGUUUCUGAUAAUGAAGUUCUCCCAGAUGUUUAUGAACGAUCAGAAACACGGCCUAUUCUAUCUGUGCAGAGACGAGGAGCACCUAAUAUUUUUGAAAUCACCGAAAGGGUAGAAAUGGGUCAGAUGGCCUCCAUGUUCUUCAAUAAAGUGGGAGUGAAUUUGUUUUACUUCUGUAUAAUCAUCUAUUUAUAUGGUGAUCUAGCAAUCUAUGCAGCUGCUGUCCCAGUUUCUCUCAUGCAAGUGACUUGUACUGUGACUAGCAAUCAUUCAUGCAGUGUGGAAGAUGAGACAAAGUAUAAUGACACAGACAAGUGCUGGGGGCAAAUCAGGAGGAUUGAUGCUUACAGAAUUUAUCUGCAUUCAUCAUCAUGAUCAUUGUGGCCCUCCUCCGAAUCACCAAGGGUCAAGGGGAAGGUCACCCCCCUCUGGCUCAGCUCUCAGGAGUACGGAAUCUCUUUGGAGUCUGCGUUUAUUCCUUCAUGUGUCAGCACUCCCUGCCAUCCCUCAUCACUCCCAUCUCUAAGAAGAAGCAUGUUAACAAGCUAGUCCUCCUGGAUUACAUCUUGAUCCUGGGUUUCUACAGCCUUCUGUCUUUCACUGCUAUCUAUUGUUUCCGCAAUGGGACUCUAAUGGACAUGUACACACUCAACUUCACAAACUGUGACAUCAUCAGCAUUGCUUUUAUCCGCUACUUCCUGGGACUCUUCCCAGUCUUCACCAUCAGUACAAACUUUCCUAUAAUUGCUGUGACUUUAAGAAAUAAUUGGAAAACUCUCUUCCACCGGGAAGGGGGAACCUACCCAUGGGUAGUGGACAGGAUUUUUUUCCCAGUCAUCACACUAAUUCCUCCAAUUAUUGUGGCUUUCUGUACUCAUGAUCUGGAAUCCUUGGUGGGAAUCACUGGUGCCUAUGCUGGAAAUGGGAUCCAGUACAUCAUUCCUGCUUUUUUAGUGUACUAUAGUCGGAAGGAAACACAAACGACCUUUAGAAAUAGCACACUCAAUAAACACUUGUCCCCUUUCCGGCACACCUUCUGGAUUGGGUUUGUGCUGCUCUGGGGACUUUUUUGUUUUUUGUUCGUGACUGCAAAUAUCAUUUUAAGUGAAACAAAAAACUGAUGGAGCAAUAUUGCUGGUUAAGAUGAUCUCUAAGACUUCUGUUCCAGGUAUUGCACCUAAUAAGGAUAUUUUAAGCUAAUUUAAGAUUAAACUUUUAAACUACUAAUACAAUAUUGAGCUUGAUGCUCAUUUGAGGCACCUUGCUACUUGUUCAGCUACCUUUCAGAUUCUGAUUUUCCGUUUCAUGCACAAAACAAUUGGACAUCAGGCUGCUGCUACGACCACUUUUUAAGCAGGGUAUUUUCCUCUCUUAUUAGAAGAUGUCAGAGACUGUUGGAUAUGCAUCUAAUCCCUCACGUGAUGGAAAAGACCAGCUUUACUAAAAGUUUCGCUUUUAGUAGUCAAGCCAAUAGCCAAUGACUCAAGCAAAUUACUUACUAAGAGCUGCUUCCCUAAUCAUUCAUAUUCUUUCUGAAGUGACUUUCUGUCCUACCAACUCAUUGAAUAUUAGGAGCAAAAUGAAAGCAACUGAUGGAACUUGGUUUCAUAAUAGUUAAUAUUGCAUGCUGUAUGUGGCAACCUAAGCACUCUGGAAUGGGUAGAGGAGCCCCACCGCUUCCCCUUCUCCCCUAGUCCCGCUUUGAUUGUUUUCCCCAUUUGUUUCUCAGCCUUUCCAACGCUUUUCCAGGUUGCCUUGUUUCCUAUAAUGCAGUCCUGUGACUGAAACUUGCCAAGCUUUAAGCUUUGUGGUUAUUUUAGCUCAGAGAUUUCCCUCCUCAAUUUGUCUAUGUACAACAUGGGUCUGAGCAGGAGGUCCUAUCAUGAACUAUACACUUGGUUGAUACAAAGCCACCUCUUGAUAAGUAAUAAGGAAUGUUUCCCAGUAUAAUGCUUUAUUUUCUCUCUAUACUGCUAACAGAAUCAUGCUAGUGUCACAGCAGCAGGGCAGGCCCUGUGCUUUCUGUAUGGGUGUGAAAAUGUUGAUUACUUACUAAAGGACUACUUUGAUAAACAUGGAGAGCAGCUGAUAUUGUCUUGAUGCAAUAUGUUAUGAUUAAAUUUAUCUACAGAAUUUUCUAAAUUGGGAGGUAGGGGAGCUAUAGAAAGUGGAAAGAGACUUGUUCUGAAAGCCAUUCCAUCUAAUGUCAGAAUACUACAAACGAUGCCUCCUAACUCUUGCUAAAUCAUGAACUCCAGGCAGUGAAAUCUCAUUUCUCUCUCUCUCCUUAAACCGAUGAUCACAUCAUAAAAUGUAAACGUCGAAGAAGACUUUAGAGAUUGGUGAGUCCAAUGCCAUCCCAGGGUAUGGUUCAGCUAUAUAGCCUCACAGCUUAUAGCUAUCCACACUCUGUGCAAACACCUCUUGUGAAGUCAGUCGUCAUCUGAAGGAAUCUGUUUAGCAGUUCCUAUUAUAAGGAAAUUCAGAUGGUCCAUUACUAAUUCCUUCCAUCGUUUGCCAUUCUGUCUUCUGAAAUAACUUUGAACAAUGCUGUAUACCACCCAGAGUCACUUCCUGUGAGAUGGGUGGCCAUAUACAUUUGAUUAAUAAAUAAAUACAUAAAUAAAUAAAAACAAUUCCCUCUCUACACGACAGUCAUUCAGCUACUUAAAGACAAUUCCCUGCAGUCUUCUCUUCUCCAGGUUAUCUAUCUAUCUCAUAACGUUUUCCUUCCAGGUUCCUUGUCAUCCUAGCUGCUGUUUUGGGAUGCAGAGCUAUGUAAACCAAACUAAAUGAGUAAAUAUCAGUUUGUCAAAGUCAUCACUAAAAUGCAAUGCCCAGAACUGGAUGCAGUAUUCUAGGUGUAGUACUGUUCUCUUUUUCUCUUGAAUCAGGCUGUUAUAUGAUAACUAUGCCUUCUGGGGGGGAAAUGGGACAGGGGAGUUUGAAAGAGAAUUCCCAACAUCCAUCACCUAUUACAAUAUUUGGAUCUUAAAUCUGAUAUCUACAUCCAACUGAAUACAUGAUGGACAAAAUACUGGAUUUCAGUUGCUUCUAGUUGGGCCCAUAAAGCUUUGCUGAGAAGCAAUAUUUCUCCAACUGCUGUUGAUACAAAGUCACAAGAGACGUUUGGGUCACAAAUCGCAAAGUUAUCCGCAUAAAGAAAGUAUUAUUUUUUCUUUCCUUUGGCUAUAGAGGUGUUGAAAGUGCUUUUUUCUGUUAUUAAAUUCCAUCUUCCAAGCAGGUGGGUGAUGAUGCUCUUCUCCAGGCUGGUUGUACCCAUGAUAUAAAAUUUGAUGUUCGUCAAGGUUAGUUGAUAAAUUUGGUGGUGCUUGGGUUUUAAAGAAUUAUUAAGUAGAAUUAUUUUUUAAAAAGCCCAAAUUGCUUUUGUUGCAGA